UAAUAAAUUUCUCGAUAGUUUUGAAUUUAAUAAAAGCAUCAAAUUCUUAGUUCUUCGGAAGAUCAUGAAAUCGAGCAAGUAGGCCAUGACUCAAAAACAUUAAAUAGUUGAAUCUUAAAAGCAAUAUUCAGAUGUGCCCACGUUAUAGUUUCUGCGAGAUUCGUUUAAACACAAUUCAAUUAACAUCUAAAAUGUCGAUAGUGUCGCAAGCAACUUCUAGUCAACUUGUUAAGAAAAGGCUUACCGACGAUGAAAUAAAAGAUCUUCAUCAAGAACUAAGUACCAAAGAUCAUAUGAUUUCGUUAGAACAAUUGUGCGAAAAAUUAAACACCAAUUUGGCUAAGGGAUUGACCGAAGAAGAAGCAAAUAACGUUUUCCUUAGAGUGGGACCAAAUGCUUUAACUCCUCCUAAAGUAACUCCAGAAUAUAUAAAGUUUAUAAAAUGCAUGUUUCACGGAUUCGCUACUCUGCUAUGGGCGUGCUCAGCAUUGUGCUUUCUUUUAUAUGGUAUUAGUAUCCUGGUUGAAGGUACGGGCGGUGGUAAUGAAUGGUUAGGCCUUAUCAUAGCCUUAAUCUGCAUAAUCUCUGGCGUGUUUGCUUACAUACAAGAGAGUAAGAAUACAAAGGUGAUGGAGUCGUUCAAAAAAAUGGUACCCACUUUUGCAACGGUAAUACGUAACGGUGUUAGAUUACGAGUGGCAACCGAAGACUUAGUCCCGGGCGAUUUGGUGUACAUUAAAUUUGGUGACAAAAUACCGGCCGACAUCAGGAUCAUCGAAUGCGAUGGACUCCGAGUUGAAAAUUCAAGUAUCACCGGUGAAAGUGAACCGGUAGCUCGAACAAAUUACCCUACCGAUAUCAAUCCUUUAGAAUCCUCCAAUGUUGCUUUUUUUUCAUCUUUCGCUGUGGAUGGCAAAGGCAAAGGUAUAGUAAUAGCUACGGGUGAUCGAACGAUGAUCGGACGACUUGCUGGUCUCACGUCGCAGCUUGUGAAAACCGAAACGCCAAUAGCUAAAGAGAUCGGGCACUUCGUCCAAAUAAUCGUCGCUGUUUCCGUACUCUUUGGUGUACUGUUUUUCAUACUAUCCUUAAUAAUCGAUCCAAAUAUAAUGAAAGCGUUUACUUAUUUACUUGGCAUCGUGAUAGCAAAUGUGCCCAGUGUCUUACUAGUAACCGUUACUACGAGCUUAACGCUGACAGCUCAAAAGAUGGCGACAAAAAACUGUUUGGUGAAGAAUUUAGAGGCAGUUGAAACGCUUGGAUCCACCUCGACAAUCUGCUCUGACAAAACGGGAACUCUCACGCAAAAUAAGAUGAGCGUAUCCAACUUGUGGUUUGGCCACACAAGGUACAAUUUUCCACCAGGAGAAAGGUUGGGCGUUGAACAGGAUUUGCUAAUGGAGAAACCGGCAUUUAAUAUCAUGAUUAAGAAUGCUACUCUUUGUUUGCGCGCCGAGUUUAUUGCGGAAUUUGCACUUUUGAAGUCUAUCGAUGAACGAGAAGUAAUUGGCGAUGCCUCUGAAACGGGUAUCCUCAGAUUUUGUGAGCACAUACACCCAACAGAAAUAUUCCGCGAAGCAUAUCCGAAAGUUGCAGAAAUACCGUUCAGCUCAAUAACCAAGUAUCAAAUGUCGAUACACAGAGAAGAAAAUGGGCAUAUAAUGAUACUGAAGGGUGCACCGGAAGUGAUACUGGAGAACUGCACGCAUAUACUAACUACUGAAGGAGAAACUGAAGAAAUGACACCACUGGAUCAUACGAUAUCUCGACGAGCCUGUGCAGAGUUAGGAUAUUUAGGAGAACGUGUAUUGGCUUAUUGCGAUCUUCAAUUACCCGAUACUCAAUAUGGUCCAGAGUUUAAAUUCAACACCGACUCCCCAAAAAGAUACAACUUUCCGAUUACGGGUUACAGAUUCGUUGGGCUAAUAAGUCUGUUGGAUCCUCCGAGACCGGCUGUACCUGAAGCUGUAAGAAAAUGUCGUACAGCGGGUAUCAAAGUAAUAAUGGUAACGGGUGAUCAUCCGGUAACGGCAAUGGCAAUUGCGAAGAAAGUCGGUAUCAUAAGCGAGGGACACGAAACUAGGUACGAAAGAGCGAUAUUACAAAACAAGUCGUAUUCCCAAAUAACGGACACUGAUACGCAUGCGAUAAUUAUCACUGGCGCCGAACUGAGGAAUAUGGACAACACUGAAUUGGAUACUAUUAUACGGAACUAUGAAGAAAUCGUUUUCGCAAGAACAUCUCCACAGCAAAAAUUACUAAUCGUAGAAAGUUGCCAAAGACUGGGAGAAAUUGUUGCUGUGACUGGUGACGGGGUCAACGAUUCACCAGCGUUGAGACAAGCAGACAUUGGAGUGGCCAUGGGCAUCACUGGUUCAGACGUUACAAAAAAUGCGGCAGACAUGAUCCUCAUGGAUGAUAAUUUUGCUUCGAUAGUAACUGGCAUCGAAGAAGGUAGAUUAAUAUUUGACAACCUUAAAAAAUCUAUCGCGUACACAUUAACCUCAAGUAUACCAGAAAUGUUGCCAAUGCUAAGUAGUAUCGUAUUUGCUAUACCUUUACCAUUUAUUCUUGAAAUGAUCCUUUGCGUAGAUAUCGGUACAGAUUUACUUCCAGCAAUAGCACUGGCAUAUGAAAAAGCAGAGUUAGAUAUAAUGUAUCGUGCACCAAGAAAUCCACAGUAUGAUAGACUUGUAAACAAACGUUUAAUAUCUGUUGCAUAUGGUCAAAUUGGAAUGACACAGGCUCUAGCCGCAUUUUAUACCUAUUUUAUGAUUCUUAUGUUAAAUGGGUUUUUACCCGAUCGUUUGUUGGGUUUAAGGUACGAUUGGGACAACAAAUCUAUUAACGAUUUACGAGAUUCUUACGGCCAAACAUGGACAUAUGAUACUAGAAUGGAUUUACUAAAUGAAGCUCGUACUGGAUAUUUUAUAUCUAUUGUUAUAACACAACUUAUAGAUUUAGUAAUGUGUAAAACAAGAGUUAAUUCAAUCUUCCAACAAGGAAUGGAUAAUUGGUUUCUAAAUUUUUCUUUUAUUUUUGAAAUUAUUUUAACUGGCAUCUUGUUGUAUGUGCCAGGAACUGAAAAAGUAUUAAAGACUAUGCCUUUAAGCGCUUAUUGGUAUUGGCCAAGUUUACCUCUUGGCGCAUUUCUGUGGACAUAUGAUGAAUUAAGAAGGCUAUGCAUUCGUAAAUUUCCAGGUGGAAUAAUAGAGCGUGAAACUUACUACUGAAUAUUCCUUGGUAUUACAAAUCAUAAUUAGCAUUUAAUUAUUCUCAGUUAAUAGUACUGUGUUUCUAACUUAGUAGUUUCAUAUUGUUAUUUAUAGUUAUAAUUAUAAGAGGAUAAGUUGCAAUUCUUAAAUAAAAUAAUAUAAGC